AUGGAGGAGGAAGAGAACAACCAGCUGGCCUUCCUGGAUGUCCUCGUAUGCCGCAAGGAUUGUGGUGGACUGAAGACCAAAGUGUUCAGGAAAGCGACAAAUACGAUGCAAGUACUGAACUUCAACAGUAACCACCCAAUCAGCCACAAACGCAGUUGUGUAAGGACGCUCUUUCGGCGUGUCGAAACGCACUGCAGUGAGCCGGAAGACAAAAAUGCUGAACUACAAUACCUCCGACGGGUAUUCAAAGCCAAUGGCUACCCGAGCAACUUUGUCAGCCGGUGCAUACGCAAAAUGGACGGAAGGCCUAACCGCAGGGACACCAAAAUUUGGCGAGCGCUUCCAUAUGUCAAGAACGUUUCGGAAGCUGUUGGCCGCCUUCUCGCACCGCAGGGGGUUGGAGUUGCACACAGGCCAGAGGCAACCAUCAGGCGUCAACUGAUGAAACCAAAAGACCCACUGCCACGGCAAGAAACGUCUGGAGUCGUUUAUCGGAUCUGGUGCAGUUGCGGACAAAGCAACUACGUCGGAGAAACCGGAAGACAGCUCCGAACGCGAAUGGCCGAACACGCUGCAGCAGUGCGGAGAAAUGACGCCAGCUCUCAAGUUGCGGCGCAUUCGACGGGUUCCGGCCACACAUUCAAAUUUGACGAGGCCGAAAUUCUCGCAAGAGGUGACAACCGCGUGAGCCGGGAGCUGCUUGAGUCAUGGUUCACUGGCCCCCAGUCUAUUAACAAGUGCAAUGAUCUUCCCAUUCAAUACAGCGUGCUGAGACUUCGUCUAGGCGGAGAAAUUGGCCACGCGGGGAACGCCCUGAUGAACACUCUUCCCAACACCCGGGUCAGCGCGUCAGAUGGUCGGGCAAUCAUCACACCAACAUCCAACGCACGUGAUGAAAUUGCAGCAAUUAACGACGCGAAUAUCGACCAUCACGCCACGUGCAACGAUCCCUGA